GAUCGGGCGGAGCACAAGGACACGGCCGGGCUCUGAGAGGCCCCAGAAACCCUUGCUGUUGGGAGCUGGGUCAGCCGAAGGAUGCGGCUGUGCAGCCCUGCAGACAUCCUUGCAGCAGACGUGGGCCAGCUAUGCUCCAGGGUGGUGGGCAGGGUGCGCCCGGCUGCGGAGAGCUGGCCACACUGCAGCUCGGCUGCCUGUGCAGCUACCACCGGAGCAGGCCAGCAAACAUCCCCAUAGGCUGUAUGGUGGAGAGCAGACCACAUCUGGGGUGCGAUGUCAGGCUGCAAAGCCCUUCUGCCCCAUUUCAGGGCAUCGCGGUACGCCGACACACUCCAUUCUGAUAGGUCUUCCGUCCCUAGAUCACUUGGGUACAAGGGACAGCUCCAGGAUGUCAGGUGCACCUCCUUACCCCAAGCUGCCCGAGGCCCCACCCUGGCUAGUCGGCAUGUUUGGAGCGCGGUAACCAAAGUGACCUACGAGUGUGCAUGUUGUCGCCUGAGGAGACGCCAUUCUACAAUGGAAAUUGUGACUUCCAAACCAGGGCAAGAGGCAUAAAAAAGAAGCUGGCGGACAGAUCCGGCUGGGGGGCGGGGCGGAGAGUCUAGGGAAACCGUCACGUGCAGGAAGCGGAAGCGCAAGUGCCAACCUUCUCUAAGCUUCUCCCAACCUAUCAUAGCACGGGUCUGCAUCUAGGAAGACUGGACGUGGGUCUUCCUCUUACUUUUGUCCACCCUGGUCCAGGGCGAUGGCUCCUCCUGGGGAUCCGAAGCGUCUCUGCAGGCUGGUGCAGGAGGGCCAGCUGCGCGCCCUGCGGGAAGAGCUGGAGGUAGCCGGAGGUUGCUGGGAUCCAGAGAUGUUCCGAGGCAGCCAAGGGCCAGCUGGGGACACCCUUCUCCACUUCGCAUCACGCCACGGGCGCCAGGACAUCCUAGCGUACCUAGUGGAGGCUUGGAGUAUGGACAUCGAGGCCGCCAACCGAGACUACAAGCGGCCUCUGCAUGAAGCUGCCUCAAUGGGCCACCGGGACUGCGUGCGCUACCUCCUGGGCCGAGGUGCAGUGGUGGACUCCUUGAAGAAGGCGGACUGGACUCCUCUGAUGAUGGCUUGCACAAGGAAGAACCUUGAGGUGAUCCAGGACCUUGUAGAACACGGUGCCAACCCACUCCUGAAGAACAAGGAUGGCUGGAACAGUUUCCACAUUGCCAGCAGGGAAGGCGACCCUGUGAUCCUCCGGUACUUGCUCACUGUCUGCCCAGACGUUUGGAAAACAGAGAGCAAAAUCAGAAGAACUCCUUUACACACUGCAGCAAUGCACGGCUGUUUCGAAGCAGUCCAGGAGCUUCUUGAGAGAUGUCACUAUGAACCAGACUGUAGAGACAACUGUGGUGUCACACCCUUCAUGGAUGCAAUUCAGUGCGGCCAUGUCAGCAUAGCCAAGCUGCUCCUUGAAAACCACGAGGCUUGCUCUUCAGCUACAGAUAGUCUGGGGGCCCAGGCUCUACACCGAGCAGCUGUCACUGGGCAGGAUGAAGCCAUCCGAUUCCUGGUGUGCGGUCUUGGCAUUGAUGUCGAUGUGAGAGCGAAGUCAAGCCAGCUCACAGCACUUCUUUAUGCAGCGAAGGAAGGACAGACGAGCACAGUUCAAACUCUGUUGUCCUUGGGUGCCGACAUCAACUCCACAGAUGAACGAAAUCGCUCAGCCCUGCAUCUGGCCUGUGCGGGUCAGCACGCGGCUUGCGCCAGUUUCCUCCGACAGUCAGGGCUGAAGGAUUCCGCAGACCUAACAGGCGCCUUGGCCCAGCAACCCACGAGGGGCGUGGCUAUCCUUCAGGACUUUGACCCCGGCGUGAAUUCAUGAGGAUGCUUGGAGACGGAGGCUGCGGAGUGCGUGGUCAUUCACGCCAUGCUUCUUCAGUUGC